AUGCGUUUCUCACUCUUUGGAGUCCUUGCCCUCAGCGGCCUCUCCAUCGCCACCCCUACCAUUGCAAAGAGGGCUGAUGCUGUCAGCGUCCUGACGGACCUGAAGGCACAAGUCUUCACCUUUACCGGGGCUAUCAAUGCUACUCUGGCAACACUAUCUCCAGACUCGUCCGCGGCAGACAAAGCGGCGGCUGUCCCAGAGGUCGGAGCUCAGAUUACCUCCAUCACAUCUGCUGUCAACUCGGCCAUUGCCGAAUUGAACUCGCUUGCCGCGACACCCGAAAAGCGCUCACCUCUCAGCAUUGACGCCAUUGAAGCUCCAACAUGGGAGAAGCGUCAGGAAGCAGCCAUCAUUGUUGCCGUACUGCUCGCUGCCAUCUUCGUCGAAAUCAUUGCAACUCUCUUGGGCGCCAUCGCGAUUCUGGGCGGAGCUGUCCUUAUCGUCUUCACCACUCCACUAACGGCCGCUCUUCCUUUGCUCAUCCUGGCUGUUGAAGCUCUGCUGAACGUCGUGCUUGGUGGUGUAACUGUUCUGUUGGAUACAUUGCUUACGACGUUGGCUCUUGCGCUUGCCGGCGCAUUGGGAGGACUGUAA